AAUAUCUCUGCAUCCACAGCACAGCUCUGUGAUACACUCUGCUCUGACUUGUGAUUCUCUUGGACUAAGCGGGAAGAAGUGUUGAAGAAUGGUUUCUGCUGGAAUGCAAAUGCUGGGCACGGCCCUGGCCAUCAUCGGCUGGGUCAUGACCAUCGUGGUGUGUGCUCUUCCCAUGUGGAAGGUCACAGCCUUCAUCGGACAGAACAUCGUCACAGCGCAGACCAGCUGGAUCGGCAUCUGGAUGACCUGCGUGGUUCAGAGUACUGGACAGAUGCAGUGUAAAGUCUACGACUCCAUGCUGGCCCUCGAUUCAGACAUGCAGGCCGCCCGGGCUCUCUGCGUCAUCUCCUUAUUGGUGGGCAUCGUUGGGAUCUUGCUGGCCAUGGCUGGUGGAAAGUGCACCAACUGCAUCGAAGAAGAAAGCACCAAGGCCAAGGUGGGCAUCGCGUCCGGCGUGACCUUCAUCAUCUCCGGCUUGCUGUGUCUCAUUCCUGUCUGCUGGACGGCCAACUCCAUCAUCCGGGACUUCUACAACCCACUGGUCGCCAGUGCUCAGAAGAUGGAGAUCGGAGCUUCUCUGUACAUCGGCUGGGCCGCUGCCACAUUGAUGUUGAUUGGCGGAGGCCUGCUCUGCUGUACCUGCCCACCAAAGGACAACUACUCAUCCGCCAAGUUCUCAGCCGCCAAGUCUGCAGGGUCCAAGGGUUAUGUGUGAGAGGAUUCCAAAGACAUUUUGGACUUUUUUGGACUUUUUUAUCAUUGGUCAACUGCUGGACAAGCUGCUUAUAUGUGCUUAUAUUUUUGUUACACUGCCAAACAAAGACAAGCCAGUCAUGUUACAAUAAUAAUGAUGUACAUUAUGAUUUAUAAUGGAUGACAGUGUGUGCCAAAGCAGGGUGUGGCAAUUUUUCAGAACUGAGUUUUCAAAAAUGUCAUAUUUUGUUUGUUUGUAUGUAUGUACUGUAUGUUUUUUCACAUUUCACUAGAACCUUCAUUUCAAAUGUGUCUUGUUUAGUUGCUUAUUAAAUAGUAUAUCAAUUUUACUACUUUUGAUAGAUUUGCCUUGCAUUUCUUCCAUAACAUUUUUGCUUUAUGUGUACAUAUGAAAUGCCUUCUAUUUGUUAUGUUUCUUUGUUAAUUAUUAAAGGUAAAUCAGCAAAGUGGUUUCUAUUUGAUAUAUUUUGCAUAAUAUAUCGUUUCAUCAUUAUUAUUGCAAUGUGGGCAUUGGCAUGAGUCAAGUACAGCAAAUUUAUAGCAAAAUUUGAACCCCUUUUUACUGCUGAAUAUAAAAUAUAUUUGAGACAGGUUAUAUCUGGCCAACAUGUUUUAUUUUACUUAUAUUUGAUACUCAAAUACAAUAAUUUGAUAAUAACUGUGACAUAUAAUGUUUUAAUUGCAGUAUACUACAGCAUGUAAUAUAUAUAUAGCAAUACCAUUUUUCCAGUAUCAUGCAGCACUAGUUUCAAUAAAUGUAAAACUGCUUCCAGAGUGACCUGGAGAAGUUUAUGCAAACAAUAAAGCAAAUCCGCACUUAUUAUUAUUAAAAUACAGGUUAUGUAGCCACUGUAGAUACUUUGCUUAUUUUUUUAAAGAUAAAAUUCCUUUUUUUCUUAAAAGUACAGUACAGAUUUGUACUCAAAAGAGUGCAAAUCUUGUUUCUGGGUCUGUAUCUUAUAUUAAGGUACAAUAGAGUACCUUUCAGAGAAAUCUUUUUUUUUAACCCAUUUUUUUUUGUACCAGAUAAAGAUUAUAAACAUUAUCAUCAACUGAA